AUGACUGUUUUUAAUGGUUUGCCGUGGCUUCUUUUGAUAUUGGAUCUAUUGAGAAGCAAUUUCGCAUACAUUAAAUUAUUUAAUACGGAAGAUGCACUGGAUGUUCAAUCAUAUGAUUGCAUCUACUAUAUCAAUAUAACAGCUGCAAAUAAUGAAUCAACACCAUACUGUAUUCGAGCAAAAGAAAGUAUCACAUUGAAUCGUUCUUCAGUAGCAAGAACCUGUGCCAAUUCUGGCACACAAUGGACUUUCAAAAUUUUGAAAGAAAUGAAUGUAUCACAAGAUGAGAUUUUAAUGUGGAAUUCAAGUAUUGAAAUGGUUGAUCGGUAUGCUGCUUAUCUAACGACAGAGUACAUUCUAUUUACUCUUCAUACCAAAGCGAUUCGAGCCUCAAAUAGUGAUCGAUGUAUUCAGAGAAAUUCAGUUUAUAUACCAGAUAAUGUUGCAUUGCAUAUGGUUUCACCACAAAUAAAUAAAUACAGUUCUGUGGUUCCAAAUUCAUUAAAAAAUGCCUGUUUUUAUAGUCACGGAGAGCUUGCCGAUGAAAAAAUCUGUUAUUGUUCGAUGGGAACAUUCGGUAAGUUUUGUGAAUACCAAUUUAUAACAAUGAAUACGUUUGAACAAACAAUCGACUAUCAAUUUCAUUUGAAGAAAAAAUAUCGCAACGGAAGUCAACUAUGGGGCAAUAUCACAUGUUAUACAACGUUAAUCAACUGCUAUUCUGGGCUUCAAUGUUUAGCUUGGCAGAAUAUAUGUGAUGGUAAGUUUAGUAUAUGGCAACUGAAUCGAGAAACCAAUGGUUACGAGUAG